AUGGUCGAAGCCGUGAUAACAGGCAUCAAUUAUGUGGACGAUAAGAAUGAAAUGAACAACAACGGUACAUGGAGUCCGACUGCUCGACGGCUGCGUGUACCGGCCACGGCCUUUAUUUGCGCCAGCGUCGCUUGGUCGUUGGUCGUCGGUGUGGCCUAUUGCCUGGUCAGUCAUGGUUCAAGCAGGAGAGAUGAAGCCGAGCGAGAGCGCAGAUCAAUCAGACUAUUCUCCAUCUGGUCGGGCAUCUCUGCUCUCCUUUGGCUCAUCAGUGGGGUCUUGUACCAUCAAGCACAUGCCUCUGUGGGCUGUGGUAGCAUUAGCGGACCCGUCAAUUGCAGCAUCAACAAUUUGGUUACAGGACUUGCGUGGGGAUUGUUUGGUAUCUGCCUUCUCUCCUUUGGAUUCUCGCUCCUCCAGAUAAAGGCAAUCCGCAAGGAGGAUAAUAUAGCAAUGCAAAACAAAGUUGAUAUCCCACGUUCCGAGAGUCCGGUAUCCCAAACCACCAUACGUGUUUAG